AUGUUGGGAAACACAGUAGACGGCGAUGCUCUUCGCCGCACGCAAUCUUCUAUGUGGCAACAGCAACAACAACCCAUUUCUCAACAAACUGUUGAAGGUGGACAACAUAAUCCUACAAGCAGCAGCUCCUCCGAAUCAGGUGUCGUCCAAGAAGGAAAAUGGGGUGAGCGUGGACAGGAAGAUGUCACUGCUCAAGAGGCCAUGCAAGAAUUCGAGUCUCUACGUCACAACUUGAUGAGCCUACACAAGACAAGAACGACAGACACGCACGCAAGCAAAGCUCAGAGUAGACGGACGAGUACUGCUGCUCGAGCUCGGUCAGAGAAACAUGAACAUGAACAUGAACAUGACGACGAUGAUGGUUCCAAGACCGAUGUAGAAGCUGGCCCUGAAGAGAGUGAGGGCUUCGAACUCGGCCGCUUCAUGCGAGAAGGCCAUUUCGAAAAGCGCUCCGAGGAAGAAGGAUCUUUGAAGAGAGUUGGUGUUGUGUAUGAGAACCUCACUGUCAAAGGCGUCGGAAGCACAGCAACUUUUGUUCGAACCGUACCCGAUGCUAUCCUUGGUACAUUCGGCCCCGAUCUCUACAAUGUCCUCACCAGAUACUUUCCUUCUAUCCGGAUUGGAAAGCCACCAACCCGAACACUCAUUAACGACUUCACCGGAUGCGUUCGUGAUGGCGAGAUGAUGCUCGUCUUGGGGCGACCUGGCGCUGGGUGCAGUACCUUCCUCAAAGCUAUCAGCAACAACCGCGAAUCAUAUGCUGCCGUCGAGGGAGAAGUUUCGUACAGCGGUAUCUCUGCUGCUGAGCAGAAAAAGCACUACAGGGGCGAGGUCAACUACAACGGCGAAGACGAUGUUCACUUUGCUACUCUGAGCGUGUGGAAGACUCUCGCUUUUGCGCUUACCAACAAGACAAAAAUCAAGGAGAAGGCCGAUAUUCCGGUUAUCGUGGAUGCUCUCAUGAAAAUGUUUGGUAUCAGUCAUACAAGAGAUACCGUGGUUGGUGAUGACUUCACUCGAGGUGUCUCCGGCGGUGAACGAAAGCGAGUUUCAAUUGCAGAAACACUGGCCUCCAAGUCUACCGUUAUGGCAUGGGAUAACUCUACUCGAGGAUUAGACGCAUCGACCGCCCUCGACUACGCACGAUCUCUGCGUAUCAUGACAGAUAUUAGCAACCGAACCACCCUCGUAACCUUGUACCAGGCGGGAGAGGGAAUUUACGAGUUGAUGGAUAAGGUUCUGGUCAUCGAUCAAGGCCGACAGAUCUUCUCCGGACCUGCCAACAAGGCAAAGCAGUAUUUCAUUGAUCUUGGAUUCGAAUGUCCCGAACGACAGACGACAGCAGACUUCUUGACUGCCGUCACCGAUCCGGCCGAACGACGCUUCCGACCCGGGUUUGAACACCGCGCUCCCCGAACACCAGAAGAGCUUGAGUCGGCUUUCAGGAACUCACCACAUUAUCAAGAGCUCCUGGCUGAUGUUGCUGCAUAUAAGGAGGCUCUUCACCAGUCUGACUACCAAGACGCCAAGAGGUUCCAGGGGGCCGUCCAGGAGUCGAAGUCAAAGCACGUCUCCGACAAGUCACCUUACACCAUCUCGUUCCCUCGGCAAGUGCUUGCUUGCACCAAGCGAGAAGCUUGGCUCCUGUUCGGCGAUACCACAACACUCUGGACAAAGCUCUUCAUCAUCAUCUCCAACGGUUUCAUUGUUGGAUCUCUCUUCUACGGGCAGACUGAGGAUACUGCAAGUGCUUUCAGUCGUGGCGGUACCAUCUUCUUCUCGAUUCUCUUCUUGGGCUGGCUUCAGCUUUCUGAGCUCAUGAAGGCUGUGUCGGGGCGCGCCGUAGUUGCCCGACACCACGACUAUGCUUUCUAUCGUCCUUCUGCUGUUUCCCUUGCUCGCGUUCUGCUCGACUUCCCUGUUAUCGCUGUCCAGGUGUGCAUCUUUGGUCUUAUCAUGUACUUCAUGACUGGGCUUGAUGUAGAUGUAUCAAAGUUCUGGAUCUACAUGCUCUUCGUUUAUACCACAACCAUCAUGGUCACAGCCCUGUAUCGCAUGUUUGCCAGUUUAUCCCCAGAGAUUGACACAGCUGUUCGAUUUUCGGGAAUCUCUCUCAACCUGCUCAUCAUUUACACCGGAUAUGUCAUCCCCAAGACUCAGUUGUUGAAGGAUUAUAUCUGGUUCGGCUGGUUGUACUGGAUCAACCCCAUCAGCUACAGUUUUGAGGCUGUCUUGACCAACGAGCUGUCCGAUAGAAUUAUGGAAUGUGCUCCCUCCCAGCUAGUUCCUCAGGGACCCGGAGUCCAGUCUGGAUAUCAGGGGUGUGCUAUUAGCGGAGCUACAGUCAAUGCGCAGUCAGUCUCGGGAAGCGAUUAUCUACAGGCUACCUACAACUACAGCCGAUCAAACCUAUGGCGAAACUUUGGCGUUGUAAUUGCUUUUGCUGUUCUCUAUAUCCUCGUCACGGUAUUGGCAACAGAGAUGGUCAGCUUCACACAAGGUGGUGGUGGUGCCCUGAUCUUCAAGAAGAGUCGCAAAGCUAAGGAACAAGCACGCAAAGCCGAAGCCCCAGUCGAUGACGAGAAAGUCGUUGGAAAUGGCACCAGCAGCUCUUCCGGCGUUGUCGCCGACCCCAGCCCCGGCAGUGAAGACGAAGCCUUGGAACAAAUUACCGACAGCGAGUCUAUAUUCACAUGGCGUGAUAUCGAGUAUACAGUUCCAUAUCUCGGUGGUGAGAAGAAACUUCUGAACAAGGUCAGCGGAUACGCUAAGCCUGGUGUCAUGGUCGCCCUUAUGGGAGCUUCGGGUGCUGGCAAGACCACACUUCUCAACAUUCUCUCCCAGCGUACAAGCAUUGGGGUCGUUACAGGCGAGAUGCUUGUCGAUGGACGAUCUCUUGGCGCUGACUUCCAGAGAAACACUGGAUUCUGCCUUCAGGGUGACCUGCACGAUACAACCCAAACCGUGAGAGAGGCCAUUGAGUUCUCUGCCAUCCUGCGACAGGACAAAUCUGUCAGCCGUGCUGACAAGCUUGCGUACGUGGACAAGAUUAUCGACCUGCUGGAGCUCAAUGACCUACAAGAUGCCGUUAUCAUGUGUCUCGGAGUGGAACAGCGUAAGCGUCUUACCAUCGGCGUUGAAUUGGCGGCCAAGCCUUCACUGCUUCUCUUCCUUGAUGAGCCCACUUCUGGUCUUGACUCACAGUCUGCCUACUCCAUUGUCCGUUUCCUCCGAAAGUUGAGCCGCGCUGGUCAGGCGAUCAUCUGCACCAUUCACCAGCCGAGCUCUGUUCUUAUUCAGCAGUUUGAUAUGGUCCUUGCUCUAAACCCUGGAGGUAACACAUUCUACUUUGGCUCUAUGGGUGAGAACGGAGAAGACGUCAUCAAGUACUUCUCAGACCGCGGUGCUCUCUGCCCUCCUAACAAGAACGUCGCUGAAUUCAUUCUUGAGACUGCUGCACGACCUCACAGGCGUCCUGACGGCACCAAAGUUGACUGGAAUCAGGAGUGGGUCGAAAGCGAGGAAGCUCAAAAAGUGCUUGAAGAAAUUGAUGGUCUCAAACGAGUUCGAAGUUCCGCAACCGAGGGGGUAGCUUCUUCAAACAAGGAGAACUCUGAAUUUGCAGCACCAACUUGGCUUCAGACGGUCGAGUUGACCAAGCGUAUGUUCCGACAACACUGGCGCGACCCCUCUUACAUCUAUGGAAAGUUCUUCAUUGCGGUCAUCUUUGGCAUCUUCAAUGGCUUCACCUUCUGGAAACUUGGCUACACGAUGCAAGACAUGCAGAACCGCAUGUUCACUUGCUUCUUGAUCGUGACAGUUCCCCCCACCAUCGUCAAUGGUGUCGUCCCAAAGUUUUUUACCAACAUGGCGCUUUGGCAAGCCCGAGAAUAUCCUUCUCGUAUCUACGGAUGGUUUGCUUUCUGUACUGCCAACAUUGUUUCUGAUAUCCCAGCGGCCGUAGUGUCAGCAGUGUUGUACUUUGUGUUGUGGUACUGGCCCACUGGACUUCCAACCGAGAGCUCUGUUUCAGGCUAUACGUUCCUGAUGACUCUUCUCAUCUUCCUCUUCAUGACAAGCUGGGGACAAUGGAUCUGCGCCUUUGCCCCCAGCUUCACCGUUAUCUCCAAUGUCCUGCCCUUCUUCUUUGUCAUGUUCGGCUUGUUCAACGGUGUUGUUCGCCCAUAUGCCUCACUUCCUGUCUUCUGGAGGUUCUGGAUGUACUACACCAACCCCUCUACAUACUGGAUUGGAGGCAUUCUGGCAGCAACUCUUGAUGGCACUCCAGUGGAAUGUUCGUCCGAAGAGACUGCCAAGUUUGACGCUCCCCCAGGACAAACAUGUCAAGAAUAUGCAGGAGCAUUUGCAGAUUCCGCCGGAGGAUACCUCCUCAAUCCCAACGCCACGAGUGCUUGCGAGUUCUGCCCAAUGUCUUCUGGUAACGAUUAUCUAGCGUCACUCAAUAUUGAUGCGAGUGACAAGUGGAGAGAUUUUGGCAUCUUCCUAGCAUUCUGUGUGUCCAACUGGAUGCUCGUUUACUUCUUUAUUUACACGGUCCGUGUUCGGGGAUGGAGCUUUGGCUUUGGAACGAUCUUUGGAGGGUUGGGCAAGUUGGUUGAUCUGAUCAAGAAGCCAUUUCAGCGAAAGAAGGAGGAGUAG